ACGUCCCGCUUUUCUUCUUUCCCCCUUCCCCGGCUCCCUCCAGCCUGGGCGCCAGUGAUUGACAGGGGGCCAUUUAAAUACAACCUGCCCCUACCCCACCCCCGCAGCGUGCGCGCGGCGGUGUUUCCCUGCCUGUGCCCAGGAGGCGCGGAAACCGCCCGAGCCUUUUGACAGACUCUGGGCAGCAGCAGCCGCUUCCCCGCCGCCGCUGCAGGCAGACGCACCAGGCUUCCAAUGUGACAUCACCCACCCCCGGAGCGGGGCCGCGCGCCUUUAAGGGAGCCACUUUCCCUGCUGCGAGCGGGAGGGGGAGGAAGAGAGGCGAGAAAUCAAUCAAUAAAUCACCGAGGGGGAAGCCGCUGCGGGACCAGCCGAUUUCGCCCGGGAGCCGCGCCUGCUGGGGCCCGAUCCGCCUGCUCUGCAGACGCCGAAGGGAUCUUGCGCGCAGACCUCAAGGGAGCGCCCUGAAAACUUCCUCCCGUGGCCCCUUCGAGGCGGUGCAGCGAUCUUGGCGGCGCAUGGUGCCUGGCUGGAUGGUGUGGUAGCGGGGGGAGCGUUUGGCGAGGCCAGGGGGUGGGGGAGGCUGCUGCAUCGGUCUCCCCUAUGGACGAGAACAGCCCUCUGUCUCCCAAGGCAAAUGCUUUCAGUAUCGCCUCUCUGAUUUCAGUCGCCGCCGAGCACGCAGGGAAGGAAGCGCUGGAGGAGCCCAGCUGUGGCCUUAGCAAGCACUUCAGCCCCGGCUCCCAGCCGCAGAGGAUGCAUUUCAGCACCGUCACCAGAGACAUGGAAGCCAUCUCCAGCCCCUGGCUCACCCAGCUGUCCCAUUUUUGCGAUGUUGCAGCUUUCACGGCCAACAGCCUGAGCAGCCUGAACGCCUCCGGCGGCUACCACCUCUCCCCUUCCCCGGGGGACCCCUACGGGCAGCCCGAGCCGCCGCACUACGAGCCCUGCUCGGCCCAGCAGCACCCGCACCAGCACGGCUACCCGUUCGGAGGCGGCCCGGGCUCGGGCCCCAACCCGCCGCCGCCCGGCCCGGAGCCACCCGAGAGCGGCGGCGGCGCGGCUGCUUCGGGCUGCUCCGCCGCGCCGGCGGCCAAAGCGCCCGUCAAGAAGAACCCCAAGGUGGCCAAUGUCAGCGUGCAGCUGGAGAUGAAGGCGCUGUGGGACGAGUUCAACCAGCUGGGCACCGAGAUGAUCGUCACCAAGGCCGGCAGGCGCAUGUUCCCCACCUUCCAGGUGAAGAUAUUUGGAAUGGACCCCAUGGCUGAUUACAUGUUGUUAAUGGAUUUUGUACCCGUGGACGACAAAAGAUAUCGAUAUGCCUUCCACAGCUCCUCCUGGCUGGUGGCCGGCAAAGCUGACCCUGCUACCCCAGGGAGAGUUCAUUAUCACCCCGACUCUCCUGCUAAAGGAGCCCAGUGGAUGAAACAAAUAGUAUCCUUCGAUAAACUGAAGCUGACCAACAAUCUAUUGGAUGACAAUGGGCACAUCAUUUUGAACUCCAUGCACAGAUACCAGCCUCGUUUUCAUGUGGUCUACGUGGACCCCAGGAAAGACAGCGAGAAGUAUGCAGAGGAGAACUUUAAAACGUUUGUGUUCGAGGAGACCCGCUUCACCGCCGUGACCGCCUAUCAGAAUCACAGGAUCACACAACUCAAGAUUGCCAGCAACCCCUUCGCUAAAGGAUUCAGAGACUGUGAUCCAGAAGACUGGCCCAGGAAUCACAGACCAGGGGCCCUUCCUCUGAUGAGUGCUUUUGCCAGGUCCAGGAAUCCAGUAUCUUCCCCUGCACAUCAGAAUGGGACUGAGAAAGACGCUGCGGAGAGCCGACGGGAGUACGAGCGGGAAGCGGCCGGCGGGACCCCUCUCCACGCCGACCCCGCGCACCAGCAGCUCAUGUCGCGGGUGCUGAGCCCGGCCCUGCCCGUCCCCGGCGCGGGGGGCCUCGUCCAGCUCAGCAGCACGCCCGGGAGCCGGCCCAGCCCCCCGCACCACGAACUGCGGCUGGAGCCCCCCGCCUCGGAGCCCCUGCACCACCACCCCUACAAGUACCCGGCGGCGGCCUACGACCACUACCUGGGGGCGAAGAGCCGGCCCGCCCCCUACCCCUUACCCAGCAUCCGGGGCCACGGCUACCACCACCACCACCACCACCACAUGGGCCCGCCGCCGGCCAACGUGUACUCCUCGGCGGGCGCGCCGCCCAGCUACGACUACGGGCCGCGGUAACCCGCCCGCCCCCUGCCCUGCCCUGCCCUGCAUGGUGUGCGCCCCCCGGCUGCCGAGAGGAGAACUCCCGCUUCCCGCCGCCCCGAGCGCCUCCCCCGGCCCGGCCCGGCGGGGCCGCUGCUCGGUUCUGCCCACCCGCCCCCUGGCCCGCCGGAGAGAGCGGGCGGGCCGGAGGCCGGAGCGAGGCAGGUAGGGGCCGGGCCGGGCCCGGGGCAUCCGGCGACUGGCCGCGGCACUUCGCUUUGCUCCAGCGACAAAGCCAGAGGCGGCGCUUCUCGCUCCCGUGUGAGCAACGGGCACCACCCACCGCACUGAUGAUGUUUCGCGCGCCCGGCCGCGGUCCUCCCCAGGCCCCGGGAAGGAGGCCGGCGGGGUGACUAGCCCCUGGGAAGGGGCAGUGACUCGCCUGCGGCAGAGCCAGCCGUAGACUCUCGGUUUCCCAACGCCCAGGCCUGGCCCUCCCGCGCCAGCCCAUGUGGGCUCUGGAAGGAAACUUGGCCUGGGGGCGGGGGAAUCACGUUAACACCGAAUGAGACGAUGUCCUGUGCUCAGCAGCUGGCCCUGGGCACCUGCAGUCCCUUGGCCUGAUCCUACUCCUCGUGAGAUCCACCUGAGUGGCAUUGUUGUGACUCACUGACGUGGGAGGACUGGGGGCUCCCUUGGCUUUAAACCUUCUCCCCCUCCCCACUGUAUUUUCCAGGGGACUAGCGGUGGAAGUAGGGCUUAAAUUAGGAAAUGUUUUGAUGUUGCCAGAUGACCUCCAGCCAGGGCCCAUCUCUUCAUGACUGAUGAGGUUGUAGGGGGCAACUUUAUACACAAGCAACUGUUUGGGGCCCGGUGCUUCUCUAAUGUAGCCCAAGGCCAAGAACAGUGCUACAGACUUUUAUUUUUCCCAACAAUCGGUAUUAAGGUCAUUACAAGCAUACAGAAAAAAAGACAAAGUUUGGGCCAUAUUUUCAUAUUUCUCAGAGGGUUCAUGAUUGCUGGUGAUGAGAACACCACCAAAGCAGCACUACCUUGCCUGGUGAUUUCCUGGUCUCUAAAUACUCUCUACUGCAGCCUGGCCUUUUAGAGGAUUUCCCCGCCCCCCCCCCAGCAUGCUUUUCAGGGGCUGGCCCUUUAUAUCUGGCAGAGCUGCAACUGGCUGCUUGCUGUAUGCCCCUUCUUACAUCUGGAAAGUACAUUUUAUGUCUCCCCUCAGGUUGCUUUUCUUGUGGAGAUGGUCCACAUCCCAAAAUUUAGCUUCUGACAUAUGUCUCGAGCUACACAUUAUGAAUAUCCAGACUACGUUUUUGCUUGGUGUUCCACCAAUUGUCAGGCCAGUCCUGUUUUUCAGAGAAGGAUUUAACGGCUAAUUGACCAUGCGGGUUUAAAAGUGCCUCCGUCCUCCUCCCUCUCCUCCACAGAAUUCUGUGGAAAGAGAGAGGUUAUAUUUUAUGUCCUCUAAUUCAUCCAUAUUUGUGCCUCUGCAUUGCAAAUUCCACAGUGUUCUCUUGGUAUCUUUUUGAAAGGGGAUUCCUUACCUUGUGAAGGUGGCAAAUGUUAAGAUCACGUAGUAAUGUCUAUCCAGUCUUCAGCAAUAGGCUCUAUCCAGAAGAGAUACAGGCAGAUGUGAAUAUUUUCUGUAACUUUUUCCAUUACAAAAAUUUGGAUCCAUUGUGAAGAUUUGUGCAAGAACCAUGUGUUUUUAUUUGACAUUUGCAGUGAAUUGUGAAAUUUUUAGUGUCCGACUACACAAUAAUAACUGUUCUCAAAAAGGCUGAUGUGAAAUAGACUUGUGCAUAUUAUUAGACAGGUGGAAACUGCUCUCUGACAUGCCCUGUUGCUUUGUCGCUGUUAUUUCAGAGUUUUCACUAUGAUUUGUUACCUGGACAUUGAUUAGUGCCAAAGCUUUUGUUUAAUGAAGUUGUUAUAUUUAUUUUUUUCUUUCAGAGAUUAUACAAACGUUUUUGGUUUUGUUUUCAUAAUAGUUGCAGUGUAGGAAAAAGUCAAGACAACCAAAGAGUCAUAUCUGCAAACAGUGUAGAUACUUGUAGAUAUUUAUAGAUAUGUGUAGAUAAUCUUAUUACAGUUACAUUGAAAAGACAUUGGACAGUGACAUUUAUAAAUGGUUUUCCUUC